UAUUAAUUUCCAGAUUAUUAUUGAAAUGCCGGAUUGAUCGAACACGCCGAGAAUCGGGAACGGGAAGAUCCACAUGGCGUCAUCGUCCAUCUUCCAUAAAUCUAUUAGUAUUGCUUUCACGAAAGGAUAAACUGUCGCGAACAAGUCUAUCUUUUAAGCCAAUACACAAGCCUUAGACACGCUCAAUUGGAAACGCUAUUCCCUCAUAACACCACAUCCAAGACCACAGCCAUGGAGAAAAAUCACAUCUAUCAAUACUCACUCUUGAACGCCCUCAUGGAUGGCGUCAGCGAGACCGGAAUUUCAGUCUCCCAAUUCCAACAGAAAGGCAACCAGGGUCUAGGGACGUUUUCCCGAAUGGACGGUGAACUCCUCUUGCUUGACGGAACAGUCUACAAGCUCCGCGCUGGAGGCGACAUCACUGUAGCCCCUCCAGACGAGCAGAUUCCCUACGGGGUGUGCACGAAUUUCGUCCCUGAUGACACCAAGCAGGUGGUUUUGGCAGACAAGACAUCCAUAGAAGAAGAGUUGGAAAAGUUCAAACCUCACACGACGAAUCUUUUCUUGUCGUACCGCAUCAAGGGGCACUUCAAGCAUAUCAAGGCACGGACCGUGAGGGGCCAAGAGUAUAAGGGGCAGCCGCUGUCGGAAUUGAGGGAUAAUCAGUUCGUUAGAGAUUACGAGAAUGUUGAUGCGACUGUUAUUGGGUUCAGAUCCCCUAGGUCAUGGCAGGGGUUUGCAGUCGCGGGGCAACACCUCCAUUUCAUCAGUGAGGACCAUAAGGCUGGAGGACAUGUGUUGGAGUUGAGCAGCGAUGGGGAAGUCUCCAUGAGCGUGGCUGUUGCGUCGAGUAUACAUAUCGAUUUGCCCAGAUCAGACGAUUUUAACGAGGCGAAGUUGACGCUGGAUGACGCGGGAAUUAAGCGGGUGGAAGGUUGACUUUGCUGUUUUGAUUGAAUUUCCUUCAUGAGUUCACGUACAGCAUAUACUCAUAUCAUCUGCCAUUUGAGCGUACUGGGAUAUUUGUUCACGAUGGCUAUAGAACUUUCGUCAAUGUAUAUAAGACAGAUCAAA